CACCGCCUGCCCAUGCCCAACCUCAAGGACGAGCUGCAUGCCUCGGGCUGGAGCACUGCCUGCACCUGCCCUGACACUGCCACCAGGAAGUGGGACAAGCUGGUUCUUCCCUGCUUGAUUUCUUCCCGCAUUUACGUGGUGGAUGUGGGGUCUCAGUGCCGGACUCCCCGGCUGUGCAAGAUGAUUGAGCCCGUGGAUGUCUUCUGGAAGUGCAACAAGGGGUACCUGAACGUCCCGCAAAGCCUGCCCAACGGGGACAUCCUGAUCGCCAACCUGGGGGAUCCCGCGGGCAACGGAAAAGGGGGAUUUGUGGUGCUGGAUGGAAAGACCUUUGAGCUGAAGGGGAACUGGGAGAACGGGUGUGAGGUCCCUCCCACCGGCUACCACUUCUGGUACCAGCCACGCCACAACGUUCUGGUCAGCACUGGGGGACUGGUCCCCAAAAUUGCCUUCCGUGGAUUUUGCCCCGAGGACUUCAAGAAAGGGGUCUUUGGGCGCCGCCUGAACGUCUGGAACUUGUCCUGCCACAGCCUCACCCAGUGCUUCGACCUGGGCGAGGACUCUCUUCCCCUCAGUGUCAAGUUCCUGCACAACCCCGAGGCAGCCGAGGGAUACGUGGCCUGUGCCCUGAGCGGCGUCGUCUACCGCUUCUGCAAGUGUGAGGGAGACAACUGGGCAGUGGAAGAGGUGAUCCGGAUACCGGCCAAGGACGUGCAGGGAUGGAUCAUGUGCAAGAUGCCAGCCUUCAUCGCCGACAUGGUGAUCUCGCUGGACGACAAGUACCUGUACCUGAGCAACUGGUUCCACGGGGACAUCCGGCAGUACGAGCUCUCCAAGAACUGCAAGCCCCGGCUGGUGGGACAG